AUGUCUCUAGUUAAAGAAGAAGUAAAUAUUAUGAGAAGCAAUAACUUUGCUGCUGAAGUUUCAACUCCACCGCUUGAUAAAGACUCUCCGUCUUUUAUGAGUAAUGACUCCUCUGUAAAUACACCUUCUGAUGAGCAAAUCAUCACCGAGUCCAUGAAAGAAGAAGAAGGAAAGCUGCAUACUGAAACCGAGAAAGAAAACUUGAAAGUGCUUAAGGAAAAGGCUGUAGCUGAUUAUGAUGCACUUGUGGAUAAACAACGCGUGCAACGACUCAAGUUCCUUUUGGAGAAAUCAUCCCUUUAUGCUCAAUUUCUCGCCAAUAAAAUGGAACGACAACAACAAGAACAACGUGAACGUGCUCAAGCCGAAGAAGUAAAACGCGCUAACGCCAAAGAAAAGUUAAAAGUUAAACAGGAAAAAAUUUCUGCGGGUCCCACACGAAAAUCAACUAGGGUAAAUGUAAAAUCCACAUCACCGGCUACUAAACAAACUGCAAAGAAGAAAACGGGCACUACCAAAAAAAGAAAGGCCAAUGAUGCCGAUUAUAGCAUUGCGGAUUACGUGGAAAACAAUGAACUUUCUAAACGGCGUAAAAGUUCAGAAUCACAGUCAACGCCUGUGAUUUCUUCUAGUAUAGAAGAACAUGUUGAAAACGAAGAAGAGAUUUCUUCUACUGACAUUAAACCAGAUGACGAUUCCAAAAAGUUUGACAUACCCGCUCGUCAACCAAGGUUAGUUACGGGUGGCGUCCUUCGUGAUUAUCAGUUAAUCGGCGUCGAAUGGCUAGUUAGUUUGUAUGACAAUGGAUUGAAUGGUAUUUUGGCUGACGAAAUGGGUUUGGGAAAGACUUUGCAAACCAUUGCUUUCUUUGCAUACCUCUGGGAACGCCAAAUUUUUGGUCCGUUUUUGAUUGUUGCACCACUUUCGACACUGGCCAAUUGGGUCAGCGAAUUUCAUAGGUUCACUCCUACAUUACCUGUUGUGUUGUAUCAUGGAACACCGGAACAGCGGUCUCAUAUUAGAACGCGAAGACUCAAAAAGUUGGAUCACACAUUUCCCGUUAUAGUUACAAGUUAUGAAAUUGUGAUGAAUGAUCGCAAAUACCUUCAGAAAUUCUCGUGGAAGUAUAUUGUAGUGGACGAAGGUCAUCGUAUUAAAAACCUUAACUGCAAAUUGAUUCGGGAAUUGAAGAGUUAUCAUUCUGCAAAUCGUUUACUAUUGACUGGGACACCACUACAAAACAAUUUGGCAGAAUUAUGGAGUCUUUUGAACUUUCUUUUGCCUGAUAUAUUUGAUGAUCUUGAUAGUUUUCAGGAUUGGUUUGAUUUCUCUGCGCUUCACGAACAAGAUGGAGAAUCACGUAUCCUUGCUAGGGAGCAGUCAAAUGAAGUUAUUACUAAUUUACACAAAAUUUUAAAACCAUUUUUGUUGCGUCGUAUAAAGAGUGAUGUGGAAAAUUCUCUUCCCAAGAAGAAAGAAUAUCUUUUAUACGCUCCUUUAUCGAGACAACAAAAGGAAGUAUAUGAUGCUAUAGUGUCUCGAAACAUUCGUCCAUUCCUAUUAGCUAAGAAGGUGGAAGAGGUUGAAAACGAAAUGGGAAUUAUAGAAAAUGAUAGUAGAAGUGAAACAACGAUAGACUCAUCCGAAGAAGGAGAGGAUUCGGAAUCUAAUUCGUCUCGAAAACGUAAGAAAGGCCUCCGCGGAAGAAGGCAUCAAUCUUAUAAAGAAAUUACCGAUACCGAAUUUUUCAACGCUCUGGAAGAAGAGGAAGAGCUCUCCUCUCAAGUUGAUGAGGCGGAAGCAGCGAGAAUGGCUGCUAACGCCGAAAAGGAAUCAAAGACCAUGAAAGCUGUUAAGACUAUCAAUGGAAUGAAACUACAAAACGUUGUGAUGCAAUUACGCAAAAUCUGUAAUCAUCCAUAUCUUUUCGACUGGCCUAUUGAUCCAGAAACAGAACAAUAUUUAAUUUCUGAGGAAUUGAUAGCCAGCUCUGGGAAAAUGAUGCUUUUGGAAAAAUUGCUUCAUGAGCUAUUUGAACGCGAUCAUAAAGUAUUAAUAUUUUCCCAAUUUACAACAAUGCUUGAUAUCAUUGAAGACUGGGCAACAACUUUCAAGAAAUGGCAAAUUUGCAGAAUUGACGGUGGUGUAAGCCAAGAAAAUAGGCGACAACAGAUUCAAGAUUUCAAUACGAACUCAGAUAUCAGACUGUUCAUUUUAUCCACGCGAGCUGGUGGUUUAGGCAUUAACUUGACCGCAGCGGAUACAGUCAUCAUAUAUGAUAGUGAUUGGAAUCCCCAAAUGGAUUUACAAGCGCAAGACCGUGUUCAUCGUAUCGGCCAAACAAAACCAGUUAUAAUUUAUAGAUUGGUUACUGCAAAUACGGUUGAAACUAAGAUCAUAGAAAAGGCUUCCGCAAAGCGAAAGUUGGAGAAACUUGUUAUCCACAAAGGAAAAUUCAAGCUUCCCACUUCAAGAGAAGUUACCGUUGCUACUUUAAGGGAAUUAGCGGAAACACUUGCCGCAGAGGAUAAUGAAAAAGUACAAUUAGCUGAACAUGGCGAUGAAAUAAUUCCGGAAGCAGAUUUAAUUCGUCUUAUGGAUCGUAGUGAAGAAGCGUUCGCGAAGAUUGGCACCUCUGAAGUUUGUGAGGAAAGAGGUGAAAUCUUCAAGGUUAUUUCGGAAGUAAGAGAUGAUAAUAAUGACGUAUUAGCAAAAAUGAGUAAAGAUGAUGAAAAUAUGGAAGUUAAAUAA